AUGGCUGAUGGAGUGCAAAUACUUAGACGUAAUCGACCCGGCUCUAAAGCUAAGGACUUUUGUCGCUGGCCCGAUGAACCAUUUGAAGAAAUGGACAGUACAUUGGCUGUACAACAAUUCAUUCAACAAACUAUUCGACGUGAUCCUGCUAAUUUAGAAGCUAUCCUUAAAAUGCCUGAGGCUCAAGAUGAAGGUGUUUGGAAAUACGAACAUUUAAGACAGUUUUGUAUGGAACUAAAUGGACUUGCAGUAAGAUUACAAAGUGAGUGUAAGCCAGAAACAUGUACACAGAUGACUGCUACAGAACAAUGGAUAUUUCUUUGUGCUGCUCACAAGACCCCAAAGGAAUGUCCUGCUAUUGAUUAUACGAGACACACUCUUGAUGGUGCUGCUUGCCUACUGAACAGUAAUAAAUACUUUCCAAGCAGAGUCAGCAUAAAAGAAUCAUCAGUGGGUAAAUUGGGUUCAGUUUGCAGGAGAGUAUAUAGGAUUUUUUCGCAUGCAUACUUUCACCAUCGUGCAAUAUUUGAUGCCUUUGAAAAAGAAACACAUUUGUGCAAGAGAUUUACAUUCUUUGUUACAAAAUACUCAAUUAUAUCAAAAGAAAUUUUAAUUCUACCAAAGCUUGAUGAUGAAAUACCGAUUUCUCAGACAGUUGGUGAAUCAGAAGCUUAG